GUUGUCUAGGCUGUCACUCGGAGAGCAAUGGGGGUACACGGGCUGUGGAAGCUGCUUGAGACCACCGGGAAGCCCGUCAACCCCGAGACGCUCGAGGGCAAGAUCCUGGCUGUCGACAUCAGUAUCUGGUUGAACCAGGCAGUGAAGGGUGUGAGAGACAGGGAGGGUAACAGUGUCCAGAACGCCCACCUGAUCACCCUGUUCCAUCGUCUUUGUAAAUUGCUCUAUUUCCGCAUCAGACCUGUCUUCGUGUUCGAUGGAGACGCACCUCUGAUCAAGAAACAGACCCUGGCCAUCAGAAGACAGAGAAAGGAGGAGAAGACUAUGGAGUCCAAGCAGACCAAUGACAAACUCCUCAAGACCUUCCUGAAGAGACAAGCCAUCAAAGCUGCUCUGGGAGAGAGGAGUCAGGAUCAUCUGCCCAGCCUGUCUGCUGUGAGGAGAGAGGAGGACAUGUUCAUGCUGCCUGCCCUGCCAGCCCAGGAGGAGGAGAGAGAGAGGAGCAGCUCAGAGGAGGAGGAGCAGGUGGAGGAGGACAGCCGUCACAUCUACCAGGGGGAUUUCUAUGAAGACUCUAACUCUGUGGACAUCAACUCUGAGGAGUUUUCUGCCAUGCCUCCUGAGGUGAAACAUGAGAUCCUUAAAGACAUGAAGGAAUUCAGCAAGAGACGACGCACCAUGUACCACACCCCCCCUGAGCGGUCAGGGGACUUCUCCCAGUACCAGCUAGCAGGGCUGCUGCAGAGGAACAAGCUGAACGUGCGUCUGGAGGGGGUGGAGAGAGAGAUGUCCAACCGUAGUGCUGGGAACGCCCCGGGGGUGGAGCUAUGCAACCAGGGGGAGGGGCACAGCGUGGAGACACGACGCCUCCUCUCAGAAGACUCCACCCACUACAUCCUCAUCAAAGGUCCGAAGAAGACCGACAACAGUGAGAGGGUGCCAGACAUCCAGCCUGCGGCCUCUCCCUGGUUGGGUGGUCCCUAUCAGGGAGGGACCCGAACCCGAGCCUGGGGAUACAGCACCCAUCUCCCCCGGACACUGAAGGCCAUCCAGGCUGCCAUGGAUAGCAGCUUCUCAGACGAGGAGGAGAAGGAUAGCUCCUGGGGUAGAGGAGGGAGUAGGGCUGAGGAGGAGGGGGGUGGCAGUGUGUCUCCUCGUACCCUCCUGGCCAUUCAGCGAGCCACGGGAGAAGAGUUGGACGUAGGCCCGUCCCCAAACGCCACUACGAUUGGCAGUUCUCCUGUUAAGCCCCACCCUCCCAGUCCCCAGCGUCCUGCCAACCGAUUGUUCGUCAUCAGCAGCUCUGAGGAGGAGACUGAAGGGAAGGACACGCCCCUGAGGACAACUCUGACCAAUGAGGACAGGCUUGGGGUGGAGAAGGGGGAUGAGCAACAGUCGCCUCUCCCCCUUCGCCUCCCCAUUCCUCCUGCGGACAGGGUGCUCCUCAGCAUGGAGGAGGAAACCGUCACCAGGAGGAGCAGGGAGGAGGUGGAGGAGAUUCUGAGAAGGAACAGAGAGGAGUUGGAGCAAGCCAUCGACAACAGGAACAGAGAGGAGUUGGAGCAAGCCAUCGACAACAGGAACAGAGAGGAGUUGGAGCAAGCCAUCGACAACAGGAACAGAGAGGAGUUGGAGCAAGCCAUCGACAACAGGAACAGAGCUUUCCACUCUGCAGUGGGUCAGGGGGACAGUUUGGGUCAGGCUCUCGGUCUUAUUCCCCCAUCAGGCCUUGGUCUAAACAGAGAGGAGGAGACUGGGAGGAGCAGCCUAGUGACUGGGCCUUUACCUCCAUCGCAGGAGGAGAGGAACACCAGGGAGGAGAGGAAUGGACAGAACACUGGGGAGGAGAGGAAUGGACAGAUUGUGAAGAUGGAGGACGGCAAGGAGCACAGUGAGCAGGACAGUGAUUCAGAGAGCUUCGUUGACGUGUCUGAGGGGGAGGAGCUAAAGGAGGAGGAGACGGAUGAUUCGCUGAUAGAGGUUGGGGGCGGUACUCCAGCUAAGGCACAGGAAGACGUGGCCAAGAAGGAGGAAGAGGAGGAGGCUUUAAGUAGCAGAGCUAUCCCUUUGGAAGAGAGGGAGGAGGAGCCCCAGCCUCCCACAGAGCCCAGCCCAGCUCCUCCUGCCCCAGCGUCUGUUCCUCUACCCAACGAGUGGGAAGACAUCAACGUGGAUGAGCUGGUGGCGCUAGAGAGCAGUCUUGGAGAGCAGCAGUCCAGGCUGAGGGAACAGAAGCAGCAGCAGGAGCGCGUCGCUGCCACGGUUACCGGACAGAUGUGUCUGGAGAGCCAGGAGCUGCUGAGGUUGUUUGGCGUACCCUUCCUGGUGGCUCCCGGUGAGGCCGAGGCCCAGUGUGCAGCCCUGGACCGGACCGACCAGACCCAUGGAACAAUCACCGAUGACAGCGACGUCUGGCUGUUCGGAGGACGACACGUCUACAAGAACUUCUUCAGCCAGAACAAAUACCUAGAAUACUACCAGUACGUAGACCUACAGAACCAACUGGGCGUGGACCGUACCAAGCUGAUUAACCUGGCCUACCUGCUGGGUAGUGACUAUACGGAGAGUCCCGGGGUGGGCUAUGUGACGGGCAUGGAGAUACUCAACGAGUUCCCUGGACCUGGCACGGAACCAGUCAGCAUGUUCAGUGAGUGGUGGUCCUUGGCCCAGCAGCAGCAACGUCUGACCUCUGACCCCCGUGACUCCAAGGUCAAGAGGAAACUGAGAGGGCUUCGGCUGCGGCCGGGCUUCCCCAACCCUGCCGUGGCAACUGCCUACCUGCAGCCCAGCGUCGACCUAUCAGAAAGCUCCUUUAGCUGGGGCCGCCCACACCUCGACCUCCUCAAGGAAUUCUGUGAGAGUCGUUUUGGUUGGAACAGCAGGAAGACAGAAGAGACUCUACAUCCUGUUAUCAAACAGCUCAACACACAACAGACCCAGCUGCGUAUCGACUCGUUCUUCCGUCUGGAGCAGCAGGAGAGACAGGCCAUCAAGAGCCAGCGCCUCCGCCGGGCCGUUACCUGUAUAAAGAGGAAAGAGAGGGAGGACGGAGGGAGG